UUGUAUGGCUUCCUGUCUCCCUUGCCAUGUUCUCUCUUCAGUAAAUUCCCCUACUGUUAUUUUAAACUGCUUUAUCUACUGUUAGUUGCUGAGAGCCAGUAAGCACCCUCUUGUUACUCCUGCAUUUAAACACAGCUCUAUCCUGUGUACCCCCUUUCACUGCCCUACCAGUCUCCUCCCUUCAUAACCGGGCUCCUCACAACUGUGUACACCGAGUCCCACUGGCUCUUCUACCUAUCAUAGCCAGCUACCUGCCACCACUGCCCUAAUAAAAUAACAAUGGCAGAGGGUCACCCGCGGCCUUGCCAGAUCUAGUGCGUUCUUAGUCCUUCCCUGGACCUGUUUUUAACCUGUCCUCGUUUGGACUGCUCCUUGAGAUGCCCCGUGCUCUUCUAGGCCAAGUUCUUUCCCCUUCUUUUCACCUUCCCGGUUUCCUGGAAGCUCUCUUUUAAAUGCAAAUUUUUUUCUUGGUGUUCCCCUGGAGGCUUUUCAGAGUCUCCAAGCCUGAAUCCUGGUUCCUCCGGGAGGACUUUCCUCCUGGAACCCCUCCCAGUCUGAAUUACAUUUGCAUUCCCUCAGUGUUUCUGUUACUGUACCCUUGGGCUGAAUGAACACACGUUUCUCCGUGAUUAGGAAGAAGGCAUUUUUGUCAUGCUGACGCUAGGAAGUUGUAAGGAGAGAAUAGAUACAGAAAAAGGAGUUACAUACUAUUGUGUUAGUCCUAGCAAGGGGUUCUAAUAAGGAAUUGAAGUAAGGGCUUGGUAAAAGGGGUGAUACCGGAAGGGCAGAAUUGGACAACUUGCCAUUGCUGUGACUUUUUUUUUUUUUUAAGAUUUAUUUAUUUAUUUGAAAGAGAAAGAGACCUUUCAUCUGCUGAUUCACGCCCCAAGUGGUACAGUGGCCAGGCCAGAGCAGAGCCAGGCUGAAUCCAGGAGUCAGGAGCUUCUUUCAGGCCUUGCAUGUGGGAAGCAAGGGCCCAGACACUUGGGCCAUCUUCUGCUUUCCCAGGCUGGGUCCAAAGUGGAGCAGCCAGGACACCAAACGGAUGCCCAGGCGGCAGCUAUCGCUGCUGUGACACAACACGGGCCCUGCUGUGACUUCCUGAUCAUGGAGCUCCCUCCAUAAAAAAACCAGCCAACCAACCUUGAGCACUUAAAUGUGUGUAGUGAUUGUUAAAAUCCAUAUGUAAAGUACUGUAUUGAUAAAAUAAUUAAAGGAUCAGGCAAAACUUACAAAAUCAAAUUCCCAAGUAAAUAUGGAUGCUGUCCUGCAGAAGAGGGCACGCACAUCCCUUUCCUGGCUAUUGACCUGACUGAUUGGAUCCAUAGCUUUUAAGAUUUCCAACUGAUAUCUUACUGCGCUCAAAAUGGAUCAGGGCUGUUAAUCGUGUGGACCCCAGAAGCAAAAAGAUUUGGAUCCCAGGACCAUGUGCUAUGCUAUGUUCCAAACAUUUUCAAGAAAGUGACUUUGAAUCAUAUGGCUUGAGAAGAAAGCUGAAAAAAGGAUCCGUGCCCUCUCUUUGUCUGCACAAGGUUCCUCAAGGUAUAUGCCCUAAAGGUAAAGCAAGACAGAAAAUCCUGCAGCAGCCUCUUCCAGAUGAUUCCGAAGAGACUGCUACUGAGGACCAUAACUAUAGUUUAAGGACACCUUUGACAGUCGGUGCAGAGAAACUGGCUGAAGUGCAGGAAAUGCUGCAAGUGUCCAAAAAAAGACAUGUCCCCGUAAAAAACUAUAGGAUGAUCAAGAAGAGAAAGGGCUUACAGUUAAUUGAUGCACUUGUAGAAGAGAAACUGCUUUCUGAAGAAACAGAGUUUCUGCUACGAGCACAAUUUUCAGAUUUUCGCUGGGAGCUACAUGACUGGAAGGACGCAGCUGCGUACUCUACAGAAAUGAAACAGUUUGCUUGUACACUCUACCUGUGCAGCAGCAAAGUCUACGACUAUGUAAGAAAGAUUCUUCAGCUGCCUCAUUCUUCCAUCCUCAGAACGUGGUUAUCCAAAUGCAAACCCAGUCCAGGUUUCAACAGCAACAUUUUUUCUUUCCUUCAAAGAAGAGUAGAGAAUGGAGACCAGCUGUAUAAAUAUUGUUCACUGAUCAUAAAAAGUGUCUCUCUCAAGCAACAACUUCAGUGGGAUCCGAGCAGUCAGAGUUUGCAAGGUUUCAUGGAUUUUGGCCUUGGAAAACUGGACGCUGAUGAAACACCACUUGCCUCAGAAACUGUUUUGUUAAUGGCAGUGGGUAUUUAUGGCCAUUGGAGAACACCUCUAGGUUAUUUUUUUGUAAACAGAGCAUCUGGAUAUUUGCAAGCUCAGCUACUUCGUCUGACUAUCGGCAAACUGAGUGACACAGGGAUCACAGUUCUGGCUGUUACGUCUGAUGCCGCAGCUCACAGUGUUCAAAUGGCGAAAGCGUUGGGGAUAUGUAUUGAAGAAGGCAACAUGAAGUGUACGUUUCAGCACCCUUCAUCUUCUAGCCAGCAGAUUGCAUACUUCUUCGAUUCUUGCCACUUGCUGAGAUUAGUAAGAAAUGCGUUUCAGAAUUUUCAAACCAUUCAGUUUAUGAACGGCACAGCACAAUGGCAGCACCUUGUAGAGUUAGUAGCACUGGAGGAACAGGAGUUAUUAGGUAUUGGAAGACUCCCAAGUAAACUUGCAAAUUCGCAGAAACAUAUACUGAAAAUGAAUUGUGCUGCCCAAGUCUUUAGUGAGAGUGUUGCCCGUGCGUUAGAAUAUUUGCUGUCACUAGGCCUGCCUGCUUUUCAAAACUGCAUUGGUACCAUCAAGUUUUUACGUCUAAUUAGUAAGCUAUUUGACAUUUUUAAUAGUAGGAACUGUUAUGGAAAGGGACUUAAAGGACCUCUGUUGCCUGAAACUUUUAGUAAAAUAAAUCGUGUAUUAAUGGAAGCCAAAACUGUUUUUGUUACAUUCUCUGACACUAGCAAUAAUCAAAUCACUAAAGGUAAGCAAAAACUAGGAUUCCUGGGAUUUUUGCUUAAUGCUGAGAGCUUAAAAUGGCUCUACCACAAUUAUGUUUUCCCAAAGGUCAUGCCUUUUCCAUAUCUUCUGACUUACAAAUUCAGUCAAGAUCAUCUGGAAUUAUUUCUGAAGAUGCUUAGGCAGGUGUUAGUAAACAGUGCCAGUCCUACCUGUUUGGCAUUCCAGACGGCUUACCAUAAUGUGGAGAGCAGAUACAGAGAUCAAGAUGAAGUUUUUCUAAGUGAAGUAAGCACCUUUGACAUUUCAAUUGCACGAAGGAAAGACUUGACCCUUCGCACGGUUCAGCGUCAGUAUGGCAUCAGGGCCGUCAGGACUCUCUUUCCUAAAGAAGAUGUUUACCGGGACUGGUCUAGUUGUUCACUAAGUGCAGCACUACUAGACCUGUCAGAUCAUAGGCGAAAUCUCAUCUCUUGUGCCGGUUACAUUGCAAAUAAAUUAUCAGCUCUGUUAACUUGUGAGGACUGCGUCAAUGCUCUGUACACAUCAGACCUCAAAGCCUCUAAAAUUGGGUCACUGUUACGUGUUAACAGGAAGAGUGGUUCGUAUUUGCCUUCACAAAGUCUCUGCCGAGUCAUAAAUACCUGUGAGCAGGUUGUAAGAAGCCAUUUAAACACGGCAGUGUUUGAACUAGGGCCUAAACAGAGAGAAUCUUAUCUUCAGCAGAAAAUACUACAUGAGCUUUUGGGGCACCUUUCUCUUUUUGUGGAUUUAGAUGAGCAUCUUUUUGAGGGAGAACCAUGUGCCAUCAACCACUUUGUAAAAUUGCUGAAGGAUAUAAUUAUCUGUUUCUUAAACAUCAGAGCUAAAGAUGAAGCUCGGGUCCCUUUAAAACAUCACUCAGAAAGACCUGAAAUGAGAACCUUACCAAGAAAACUGGUCAUUAUUGGGUCACACAUGUUCAAGUUUGGCUAAUAACAGUAAAUUCAGACAUUUGCUAAGUAAUGGUGGAUACCCAUUCAAAUGAGACCAGAAAUGUGUUAGCGUUUUUAUGAACAUACUUUACACUUGGUGAAGUUCAUGUCACCAUAUUAGCAACUAACUGUUCUGCGCAGUGAAUAAUUUGCAAUUCUGACAUGGAAUUCCUAAUGCAUAUCAUAAAGAUCUCUCAUACUUUGGUAUGGCCUGUGGCAUUUAUGAGUUUUCCAAAAUGUAGAAAGCAAUAAGUCUGGAGGGAAAGACCUGACCAAUAGGUUCUGUCUUUGAAGAUACGACUGUAAGACAGAACAGACAGACUACAUUUCCUAAAAGACCUUUGGUUUAUGAUUUUUAAGAUUAUUAACAGAACACCUGUGGAACCUUGGAAAUAAUCUUUAUCUAAAAAUAAAAAUUAAGUUGUGAUUUGGAAAUCAGGCUGAAGCCAAAUGUCACAUACCACAAAACUUCCUGGGCUCAGGAUACCUUAAGAUGAAAGUACUUCUGCUCUGUUAGGCAGAAGGUUAAGUACAUGGUCACGGAUUGUUCUGGUGCUGCAACCGAGCUGUAGUGUAGUCUGGGAAGGACGUAGGAACACAGUUUUCACUGCCUGAGUCCUGGACUUCGAAAUACUCCUUUUAAAUAAGAGAAGGUGAUCACUUAACCUGACUCCUGUUGGAAGAGCCUGGGGCUCAUCAGAAAGUCAGAGGACGCCUUUAUUUCCGCUUGGCCCUCUCUCAGGUCUACUUGUGUUUGCGAGGGCUAAGGUAAUGUUACACAUAUAUUCAGUGUUGAACUAAUACUGGAAUAUCACUGCACAUGUCAGUAACUUGCCAAAGGACAGGAACCAACAUACAGUGGAUGUUUCAGAAAUUGGAAGAAACUGAAUCUGAAGAUGGAAGCAUCUUAAGGAAAGUUUUCUCCACUGUCUCACUCAGAUUUAAAAAGUAAAUUAAAAGAACCUACGUACAGGUACUUUCCCAAAGCUGAAUAUUUUAGUGAAUAAAAGAAGAAAGAAACACACAUUCACUUGUGUUUGUAAAAUGUCAUUUUGUCAUUAAAUGUUUGAAAAUUUUAAAUGGCAAAAGAAAUGAGGUAAAAGUUGAGUAUACGAGGAAAAAGCCUUUGGCCUAGAGGUCAAGCACCACUUAGGAUCCCUGCGUCCUGCAUCAGAAUGCUUGGGUUCCUGCUCCACCUCCGGUUUUGAUCCAGCUGCCUGCUAAUGCGCCCCCUGGGAGGCAGCAGGUGACGGCUCGAGGACUUGGAUCCCUGUCUUCUACAUGGGAACCCUGGUGACAGGCAUUUGAGGAGGGAAGCAGCGGACAGAAGAUCUGUGUCACUAUUUCUGCCUUUUAAAUUAAGUUUUUUUAAAAAAAGAAUAUUUUGGUAUGCUUGUUUACCUCAACACAAAGGCUUAAGUUUUGAAAUGUAACCAGUGUUGUACUACAUUUAUAUAAGACCUGUUGCUGAGAAGUCUGAAUUU